AUGUCUAUUUGGGAUAUCUAUGCAGUACUACAUACAACUGGUCCACUGAAUAAAAUCUUUCAAAACGUUGAGCAAAAUAACAGAAAUCUGCCGCCAAUUAUAUACACAACUGCCGUUUGGUUGGAAGCAAGUGAUGGUUCUGACGAUAAUUCAAACCUUGAGUUAGGUUUAGGAGAUUUCAUUUUCUUUAGUGUAUUAGUUGGCAAAUCUUUUGCUUCUGGAGAUGUCUUGAUGGCCAUCAUUUGUUUUAUCUCCGUAUUGGUAGGACUGGCCAUAACAUUGUUUAUAUUGUUGAUCAAGAAUUUUCCACUUCCAGCACUUCCUAUAUCUAUAACAAUGGGACUGUUGGCUCAUUUUACAGCAAAAUAUUUUAUUAUACCAUUCAAUGACUCUCUACAGAAUAAACUUAUUUUUAUUUAA